CGUGGCUGCGGAGGGGUCCGUUCCGACCGUGCCCCCCGCCCCGCCCCGGAGGCUGUGGGGACCGCUGGGCCGUUCUCCAGCGAGGAUGGCCCUGGGUGGUGACGGCCUCUGCCCGCAGGUUUCGAUCCGAGCCCUGGGCCGGGCCGUGUCCCCGCCGGGGAGGGGACAGGUCACAGGCCCUGAGGAUGUCGGACGGGAUCCUGAGUAAGGCAGCCACCAUGGAGAUCCCCAUCAGCAGCAACGGGGACACCAGCAGCCUGCCCGAGGACGAUGGCCUGGAGCAGGACCUGCAGCAGGUGAUGGUGUCGGGACCCAACCUGAAUGAGACCAGCAUUGUGUCAGGCGGCUAUGGGGGAACAGCUGAGGGCAUCAUCCCCACCGGCACCAUCAAAGCCCCCCCGUUUCCAGGCUCUAUUGUUCACCCUCACCCCCCCCGAGGACCACCGGUGCCCCCCAGCGCGCCCGCUGCCCGUAGGAUGGCCCGCCCGGCCGCUGCUCCCGCAGGCCCCGGGCUGCACCCACCAUCCCCCGGACCCCCAGCUGGUGGAGAGGAGGUUGUGCGUGGCAUUGCCGUUGAGAAGUUUGACAUUGUCAAGAAGUGGGGGAUCAACACCUACAAGUGCACCAAGCAGCUCCUCUCAGAGCGGUUCGGACGGGGGUCCCGCACGGUGGACCUGGAGCUGGAGACUCAGAUUGAGCUGCUGCGUGAGACCAAGCGCAAGUACGAGAGUGUCCUGCAUCUGGCACGGGCACUCACAGCCCAUCUCUACAGCCUCGUACAGACCCAGCACGCCUUGGGGGAUGCCUUUGCUGACCUCAGCCAGAAAUCCCCUGAGCUCCAGGAAGAGUUUGGGUACAACGCGGAGACGCAGAAGCUGCUGUGCAAAAACGGGGAGACGCUGCUGGGUGCUGUCAACUUCUUUGUGUCCAGCAUCAACACGCUGGUCAACAAGACCAUGGAGGACACGCUUAUGACAGUCAAGCAGUAUGAGACAGCCAGGCUGGAGUAUGAUGCGUACCGCACGGACCUGGAAGAGCUGAGCAUGGGCCCACGCGAUGCCGGCGCUGUGAGCCGCCUGGACGCAGCCCAGAGCCAGUUCCAGAGCCACAAGGACAAGUACGAGAAGCUGCGGGCGGAUGUGGCCAUCAAGCUCAAAUUCUUGGAGGAGAACAAGAUCAAGGUGAUGCACAAGCAACUGCUGCUGUUCCACAAUGCCAUCUCUGCGUACUUUGCUGGGAACCAGCAGCAGCUUGAGCAGACCCUCAAGCAGUUCAACAUCAAGCUCAAGACCCCCGGCACCGAGAAGCCCUCCUGGCUGGAGGAGCAGUGAGCCCCCCGUGCCCCCCGGAUGGAGGAGCACACAUGGACCUCAGUUGCGGCCAGGGGCUUGUGGGGGCCACAACCCAGGCCUGGUCUUGGAUGGGGGGGGGCCACCAGGUGUGGGGAGCUGUCUGGGACCUCCCAUCCCACAGCCCCUCCUCAGGGCAGGGUGCAGCAGCUCCUCAGCACAGACCCCACACAGCAGACAGCUGGAGCCCCCCUGCUCCUGACACUCCUAAGGGGCUGGGGACACCCCACUCACCUUGGGGUGAGCCAGGACCUUCCACUGUCCCCCUCUGCCUCCCUGGGGCAGGAUGAGGGUGCACCCCUCCCAGGCCCACUGCCAACUUCCACCCAGAGAGACCCCUGCCCUGUGGCACAGUGGAGCUGGGUGGGGGCAGCACUGGAAAAGCCAGGUUCCCCCUGUGUCAGGGCAGGGCUGUGGGGCCUCCCCGCUGCACCUGGCACCCAGGUAGGCUCCUGCUCUGCCCUCCAGUGCCAGGGACACCCUGGCUCCCUCCAGGCCAUUCACAGGUGUUUCCAGUGUGGCUGCUCUUGCACUCCUGAUUCACAGGGCGCUGCACCCCCCAAAGACCCCCCUGCCUCCCUGGGGCAUCCUGGGUGGGCUGGUGAUAGGUCCCUGUGCCCUGCAGCUAGUGGCAGGGGGGAGUUGCUGGCCUGGUCCCCGGGAAGAGGGCAGGGGGCUCCAAGCAGGGACCAAACGUCAGUGGAGGCACAGGGGGGAGCACGCGUGCCCGUGCAUGUCCGUGUGCGGGGCAUGUGUGUCCUGGGGCUGGGGUCCUGCCAGGGUUCACCCCCACCCCACAAGGGGCCCCCUGCCCACCCCUGCACAUGGGCACUUUCUCCUGAGACAAAACUGUUGGUUUUUCUUGCUCAUUAAUUUAAUCCAUAAUUUAAUGUCGGGAUCCGACUUCCCCCUGCCCCGCCCUGGUGACGGUCUGACCCCCCCAACUCCCUGACUUCUGUAAAACCCCGAAUAAAUGGUACAGAUCA